AUGCUAGACAGAGCUGAUUCUAGAGCUUGGGACGCCAUAGUUAAUUGCAGCGCUUCCUCCUCUGGUGGUGAACUCGAUUACCAAUUGUUCGCUUCAGUUCUCAAAUCCUGCGCCGCUUUCUCGUCCAUCAAAUUCGGCAGCGCCCUCCAUGGUCGUAUCUGUAAACUAGGCCAUCUCUCUUGUCAGUACGUCUCCAAAGGUUUGCUCAACCUGUAUGCUAAGUGUGGAGCUCUUAGCGAUUCCAAGAAGUUAUUUGGGGAAGUGGGUGAUUGUCAGCACGAUGCAGUCUUCCACAAUAUACUCUUAUCUGGGUUUGCUGGCUCGAGGAAGUACGAAGCUGAAACAUUCCAGUUGUUCACCAGAAUGCAUUCUGCUAAUCAACCAAAGCCAACUUCUGUUACCAUUGCCACCGUCGUUCCUGUAUGUGCUCGCAUGGGAGAUUUAUAUGCAGGUAGGAAUGUUCAUUGCUAUGCAAUUAAAUCUGGCUUGGAAACACAUACACUUGUGGGAAAUGCUUUGGUAUCAAUGUAUGCGAAAUUGGGACUGGUUAGUACUGAUGCCUAUGCUGCCUUCGAUAGCAUAAUUGACAAAGAUGUUGUUUCGUGGAACGCGGUUAUUGCUGGGUUUUCUGAGAACAAGUUGAUGAGUGAUGCGUUCAGGCUAUUCAGGUUGAUGCAAGAAGGUGAGGUAAAGCCGAAUUAUGCCACCAUUGCUAAUAUUCUUCCUGUAUGCUCAUCUCUGUAUAAGGACAGUGGCUACUGCUUUGGUAAAGAGAUUCAUGGCUAUGUUCUCCGAAGUAACGAGUUUCUGAGGGACUUGUCGAUUUAUAAUGCUCUUGUGAGCUUUUACUUGAGGGUUGGACAGAUAGAGGCAGCUGAGUUGCUUUUUCACAGGAUGGAAUUCAGAGAUUUGGUGUCAUGGAAUGCUAUCAUUGGAGGGUAUGCAUCGAAUGGCAAGUGGUCAAAGGCCUUGGGAGUGUUUGAUCAAAUGCUUGACCUAGACGCUGUCAGGCCAGAUUCGGUCACAUUUGUUAGCGUGCUUCCUGCCUGUGCACAAUUGAGGGACCUGAGACGUGGGAGAGAGAUCCAUGGCUAUGUUCUCAGGAACCCCUUCUUGUGUGAGGAUACAUCUGUAUCCAAUGCAUUGAUGAACUUUUAUGCAAAAUGCGAGGAUGUGAAAGCAGCAUAUCGAACAUUUUCCAUGACUGAUAGGAGAGACUUGAUCUCAUGGAACUCUAUCCUUGAUGCAUUUGCUGGAAGGAGCGAUGUUCAGUUUGUGCAUUUAAUAGAAUUGAUGUUUAUAGAAGGAUUUGUGCCCGAUUCCAUUACCAUUCUAAGCGUGAUCCAGUAUUGUGAGAAUGUUUUGAGGGAAGAUAAAGUUAAAGAGACCCAUGGCUACUCAAUCAGGAAUCAUUUCUUACAUUCUACUGAUGAACCUAGAGUUGGAAAUGCAUUACUUGCUGCAUAUGCUCAAUGUGGCAAUCUUGAUCAUUCCUUCAAGGUCUUCCAGACCAUGUCAGAGAAGCGGAACUUGGUUUCCUUCAACUCCAUGAUUUCUGGAUACCUGAAUUUUGGAUUGCAUGCAGAUGCAUAUGCCAUCUUCAGCAGUAUGCCUGGCACGGAUCUCACGACUUGGAAUCUGAUGGUGCGAGCGUAUGCAGAGAACGAAUGCCCUGACCAAGCUCUCAGUCUUUUCCACAAGCUACUAGCUCGUGGAUCAAAGCCCGAUGAAGUUUCCCUUAUGAGCCUCCUGCCAGUAUGUGCUCAAAUUGCUAGCUCAAAGCUCUUGAAGGAAUGUCAUGCUUAUGCGAUUAGAUCCUGCUUCAAUGAUCCCCGCUUAAAUGGUGCAUUGCUGGAUGUCUAUGCAAAAACCGGUAGCAUAGGCUAUGCCGAGAAGCUUUUCGAAUCAACGCAACAUAAGGAUCUAAUUUUAUACACUUCCAUGGUUGGUGGAUAUGCAAUGCACGGUAUGGGAAAUGAGGCCGUUAGGGUUUUCUCUCACAUGAUUGAGUUGGGUGUAAAGCCAGAUAAUGUCAUCUUCACCGCGGUUCUAUCUGCUUGCAGCCAUUCCGGCUUUAUAGACAAAGGAUUGCAAAUCUUUGACUCUUUGGAGAAGGUGUAUGGAAUGAGACCAACUGUAGAACAAUAUUGUUGUGUGGUUGAUCUUCUUGCUCGAGGUGGCCGAAUUCAUGAUGCUUAUACCUUGGUGAGUGGGAUGUCGAAGGGUGCUGCCAAUGCAAGUAUAUGGGGCGCUUUGUUGGGCGCCUGCAAGACCCAUAAUGAGGUGGAGUUGGGGAAAACUGUUGCCGAUUCUCUAUUCGAGAUGGAAGCGAAUGACGUUGGUAAUUAUGUUGUACUUUCAAACAUCUUUGCAGCUGAUGAGAGGUGGGAGAAAGUAGUGGAGAUUAGGAAGCUGAUGAAAGCGAGGGAUUUGAAGAAGCCAGCAGGGUGCAGCUGGAUUGAUGUAGAGAGGAGAGAGAAUGUGUUUGUGUCAGGAGAUAUGGCUCAUCCUCAAAGGAACCAUAUUUAUGAGGUAUUGAUCACGUUAGAUUCACAGAUCAAAGAGCCGCGUCAGGUAGAUCAACAGUUCGGGUUACAACUUUUGGAUUGUCACAAGUGA